GACAAAAGACAGGAAAAGAAUGCUCCAAGAAAACAAAAGAUAAACGAAGUUCGCCCUCCCAUUUUGCCUGGUUUGGUCCCUGUAAUCCAGGCGAGUCCGUAAAGACUCAGCCCUCCAUGGUUGAUUAGAGAUGGUUUAGACUACGCAGCACCAAGGAAAGCCAAGAAGCGCUAUUGUUUUCCAGACGUACAGGAAAACUUGUAUCGAUCCUCCCCUGUUUUCCUGUACGCCAAAGGGCGUACGUACACUCUCCCUUCUUCUUUCUCCUUAGCCAUGCACCCAAAUACCCAUAUUUUUCUAUUUGUUGUUUUUAUAUCUUUCAUAUUGAAUGCCCGUCAUGCAUGGAGCGGUAACUCACAGCCAUUGGUCCUGAGCAUUGGCUCGGAUAAUGGCGGCACAGACAUAUAUGGGAGAAAAUGGGGACCAGAUUCCAAGUACCUUGAGGCGAAAAAUUCCAUUGCCACUAAAGCCGCGUUCCAAGACCCAUCACUUACCUCUGAUAUUCCAUACAUGACAACCAGAAUUUUCACAUCUGAGGCAUCAUACAAGUUCCCAGUUGAAUCUGAUAAACGCUAUUGGCUUAGGCUCCAUUUUUACCCAUCCGCUUAUAACAACUUCAAUCCUGAAGAUUCUUAUUUCUCAGUGGUUGCAAAUGGUCUCAUGCUCUUGACAAAUUUCAGCGCUUCGAUUACUUGUCAAGCCCUUUCACAAGCUUAUCUUAUUAGAGAAUAUUCCCUUGCGCCAUUGAAUUCAGAGACUUUGGCAGUCACAUUUAAGCCUUCCGAUAAGCAUGCCGGUGCAUUUGCUUUUGUCAAUGGCAUCGAGGUGAUUCCAAUGCCCGAUUUGUUUGACUCCGCAACAAUGGUCGGAUCCUCGGACCAAUUGGACGUCAAGAGCUUGAACACACAGACAAUGUAUAGGUUGAAUGUUGGUGGACAGUAUAUUCCUCCAAGCAAUGACUCUAGUCUGACCCGAACAUGGUAUGACGACUUGCCUUAUAUAACAGGCGCUUCAUUGGGAACCACCAAUCACGUUAGCAAGAAUGUUAAAAUCCAGUACCAAGAUUUGCCUGAAUAUGUGGCACCGGCAGAUGUUUACGGCUCGUCCAGAUCAAUGGGUGUGACGAAGAGUAUCACUCAGGGUUUCAACCUCACUUGGGAGUUCCAAAUUGAUUCAAAUUUCACGUAUCUAGUAAGGUUACAUUUCUGUGACUUUUACUAUACCAAGCCUAAUCAGCUUGUGUUCUCCAUCUUCAUCAACAAUCAAACCGCAGAACCCACUGCAGAUGUGAUUGGAUGGACAGGGGGAAAGGGAGUUCCAACCUUCAAAGAUUAUGUUACAUAUGUCAAAGAUGGGUCGGGAGAUCAGAAGCUUUUGCUAGCUUUGCACCCAUCAGACGCCACAAAGCCUGAGUUCUUAGAUGCAUUACUUAAUGGCGUGGAGAUAUUCAAGCUAGGUGACACGACUGGUUACUUGGCUGGCUCUAAUCCUCAGCCUUCACCUAUGCUUAUCAAGGCAGAGGAGGAGGCAAAGUCUUUUGAGAAACCGAAAGACAACAAAGCUAAGGUGAUUGGUGGAGCUGCUGGUGGAGCCGCAGCCUUUGGUAUUGUGGCAGCAAUUUGUGCUGCUGUCUACCAACGAAAGAAACGAAUCCCUGGAACAGAAUCACAGACUUCUAGCUGGUUGCCGAUCUACGGGAACUCGCACACGACAGGCAGUAAAUCAACCAUCUCGGGGAAGAGUACAGCUAGCAGCCACCUCUCCGCAGCGGCUCAGGGUCUAUGUCGACACUUCUCGUUGGCAGAGAUAAAACAAGCUACUAGGAGCUUUGAUGAGUCUAAUGUCAUUGGGGUUGGAGGCUUUGGAAAGGUUUACAAGGGAGUUAUCGAUGGAGGGACCAAAGUGGCAAUCAAGAGGUCAAACCCAUCUUCCGAACAAGGAGUUAAUGAGUUCCAGACUGAAAUUGAGAUGCUUUCUAAGUUGAGACACAAGCAUUUGGUAUCUCUAAUAGGGUUUUGUGAGGAAGGUAAUGAGAUGUGUUUGGUUUAUGACUACAUGGCACGUGGCACUCUACGGGAGCAUAUCCUCAAGUGCAAGCAACCCCUCUCAUGGAAGCAAAGGCUGGAGAUUUGCAUUGGAGCUGCAAGAGGACUUCACUACCUUCACACAGGUGCACGGUACACCAUUAUCCAUAGAGAUGUCAAAACGACUAAUAUUCUUGUGGAUGAGAAUUGGGUCGCCAAGGUUUCAGACUUUGGGCUCUCCAAAACUGGUCCAAAUAUGAACAAAGGCCAUGUUAGUACAGUAGUAAAGGGCAGCUUUGGUUAUCUGGAUCCUGAAUAUUUCAGGAGGCAACAGUUGACUGAGAAAUCUGAUAUCUACUCAUUCGGGGUGGUCCUUUUCGAGGUCUUGUGUGCAAGGCCUGCUCUUAAUCCUAGCCUUCCAAAGGAGCAAGUAAGUCUUGCAGACUGGGCUCUGCAUUGCAAGCGAAAAGGGACCCUUGAUGAUAUGAUUGAUCCUCAUAUAAAGGGAGAGAUCAAACCAGAAUGCUUGAAGAAGUUCGCGGAUACAGCUGAAAAGUGUCUGGCUGAUGCUGGAUUUGAACGUCCCUCCAUGGGUGAUGUCUUGUGGAAACUUGAGUUUGCUCUCCAACUACAAGAAAACAAAGAUGGUUCAACCCCUUCUUCGGAAAGAGAUACUGCUGAUGACAUUCCAAGAAACCCUGACAUGGCAAUGCAUUAUAGCAAUCUAGGCAUUGAAAGUGAGCAUGAAGUAAGUGAUGCAUCCACCGACACCAGCGCAAUCUUCUCGCAGAUUGUUAAUCCCAAAGGGCGAUGAGAUGGAUCAAUGUUCCUAAUGAUUACUGCGUGAUGAGUCUCUUAGAAGGUCCUAAAUGACAAUAGAACUGCGGAAUUCGAGCAAAGAUUUAUUGCAUACGUUUCUUGUACUAUGUUUGGGUUUUUUUAAUUUGAUCAUUCCAUUUCAGAAUUAAAUGUUGGACAGGCCAUGGAUAUAUGUAGCAACUUGGCACUCUGAAUAAGGCCGAGUGUCAAGCUCACCCCGCCCGUACGUUAUACACCAUGAUGAGCUUAUAACUAUGUGCCAUUUGACUUUCUUCUUCUGAUUUGGUUAUGCAUAUAAUAUAAUGCUAU